CCCGGUUUCGAAAAUAGUUUGUCUCAUUUAACGACACAGAACGAUUCUCACAAACAUAAAACAUUUAAAGAAAAAACCAUGGCGAUUGAAAUAGAGGCGGCGGACGUGAUUCGUCUUAUACAACAAUACCUAAAGGAAAGCAAUUUGCAUAGAACGCUUCAAACACUGCAGGAAGAGACAACCAUUUCGCUGAACACUGUGGAUUCAAUCGACUCGUUUGUGCAAGACAUCCAACUUGGUCACUGGGAUAUCGUCUUAAAAGUUGUCCAGGGUCUCAAACUUCCCGACAGAAAACUCAUUGAUCUCUAUGAACAGGUUGUACUUGAGCUGAUAGAGUUGCGGGAGCUUGGCGCAGCUCGAUCAUUGCUUCGACAAACCGAUCCAAUGCUGAAAAUGAAAGCAGAUGAGCCUGAACGGUACCUAGGCCUCGAGAGUUUGUUAAACAAGAGUUUCUUCGAUCCACUGGAAGCCUAUCCAGCAGGCAGUUCGAAAGAAAAACGCCGAGCCGCCAUUGCCGCAGCUCUGUCUGGCGAGGUCUCGGUUGUUCCUCCAUCGCGUCUUCUCGCCCUACUAGGUCAGGCUCUGAAAUGGCAGCAACACCAGGGCCUUUUGCCUCCAGGCAGCCAAAUCGACCUGUUCCGCGGUAAAGCAGCUAUUAAAGAACAAGAAGAAGAGAAGUAUCCGACGAUGCUUGCCAAAACCAUCAAAUUCGGUAAAAAUCAUGCGGAAUGUGCAGUAUUUUCACCUGACGGACAGUAUCUCGUGACUGGUUCUGUGGACGGCUUUAUUGAAGUUUGGAACUUCGUUACCGGUAAGAUCCGAAAAGAUCUAAAGUACCAAGGCCAAGAAAAUUUCAUGAUGAUGGAAGAAGCGGUCCUGUGUAUGGAAUUCAGUAGGGACUCGGAAAUGCUCGCAACUGGUGCACAAGAUGGCAAGAUCAAGGUAUGGAAGCUACAGAAUGGCCAGUGUUUACGUCGGUUCGAAAAGGCGCAUUCGAAAGGAGUAACUCGUGUCCGCUUCUCCAAGGAUUCUUCGCAGAUUCUUUCAUGCUCAUUCGACCAAACAAUUCGUAUCCAUGGUCUAAAGUCGGGAAAAUUACUAAAGGAGUUUCGGGGUCAUAGCUCUUUUGUCAAUGACGUAAUAUACACAGCAGACGGGCACCAUUUGCUAAGUGGUAGCUCUGAUGGAACAGUCAAAAUGUGGAGUAUCAAGACAACCGAGUGUCUGCACACAUUCCAAGCGGCUCUCGGAGCAGCUCAAGGAGCUGCGGUAAACUCGAUUCAUCUGUUACCCAAAAAUCCAGAACAUUUUGUGGUCUGCAACAGGUCGAAUACAAUGUCAAUAAUGAAUACUCAAGGCCAGAUUGUCCGCUCAUUCUCUUCGGGCAAACGAGAGGGCGGUACAUUGGUUUCAUGCGUCCUGUCGCCAAGAGGCGAGUGGAUUCACGUAGCCGGAGAGGAUCACGUGUUAUACUGCUUCAACGUCGUUGGAGGAACUCUAGAUCGAACGUUGGCUGUAGCAGAUGGCGAUGUCGUUGGAUUAGCUCACCACCCUCAUCAGAACUUGUUGGCGUGUUAUUCAGACGACGGCCUCCUUAAAUUAUGGAGGGCCUAGGCGUUUUAUCUGGCCAGACCUUACCGUAGUCGUCAUAUAAAAUGUGGAUUCAUUAAUGUAUUGAUAGGAAAGAAUUAUUUGAAUAUUGUAUCAUAUUGACUAUUGUUAUUGACUUAAUAUUCAUGUGUUUUAUUCUUAAUUGUCUAACUGAUCGAAUGAAGUAUGUUUGUGACGAGGAAGAUCCACACAUGUAGUUUACUUGUAAGAGUAUAUGAAAAUAAGUGUAUUUGCUAACUAUUAAUUCGGUUUUCUCUUGCUAGCGAAAAAUACGGAAAAAGUAAACUUUUAUUGCAUGUAAUAUAACAGAAUUCGUAGUUUGCCCAGUAUAUGAAAGUGGAUCAAAAUGUUUAUCAGAUGAAAACGUCAAGAUCGACUCUCUAGCUAAAUAUAUACAUAAGUUCAGUUAUAAUCCAAUUUUAUUGAGCGAUUCAACAUAUCUAUAAUUUUGAAGCGCACAAACGUUUGUGGCGCCUUUUGGUUUUGACUUCUUAGAAUCGUACAUACAUUUGGUAGAGUUUUAUCAGAAGAUUCUCCUAUGCGAAAAACGGGUCUAGAAAACAGAGUAACUAAAAGAGAAGUCUAUUUAGAAAUGUAACAUACGUUUUGAGGAGUAUUUGUUAAUGAAUAUGGCUCGGGAAGAGUGCGAGAUUGGAAAAAUUGUAGCAAGAGUGAUUAAUAAAAACCUACGCAUUUUUUUCUGUCACUUUGGUGUAAUUGGUUGCUUCAUUGAUCCAUACGAUCUUUCAAAUUCGACUGUAAUUCAACAAUUAACCGCAAAUUAAUUGUUUAACAACAUAUCGAAUGCCUAAUUUUAAAUGUGAUAUCAGAAUGACUCACGGCUUAUGUUUUUGUUGAUCUCAAGCGGUCCGUGAAAAAAAUAUCCAGAGCAAGUGCUCCUAAACACUUUUACAAAUUUAUAAAUUUGUAUAAUAAUCAGGA